AUGUCACUAUGUCAUGCUGCCAGAGAUGGCAACUUGCUCCUUGCCCAGACGCUGAUAUGGAAUGGAGCAGAUGUAAAAAAAAGCAUAAGUGAGACGAGUAUUUGCUCACAAGGCUGUUGGCCUACCUUUCGGAAGGUGGAUAACCGAAAAGCAAUCUGGACCGAAGAUGCUGAUAAUAUUGAAAAUGAUUCAGAAGACGAUGAUACCACUACUAUAUCUCAACACAUUCAACGAACACCGUUGCACUAUGCGUGUCAAAAUGGUCACUGGAAAAUUGCGAAACUACUGCUCAAUCAAGGUGCCAGUAUCGAUGCAAUGGAUGAAAAGGAUUGCACUCCAUUGCACCGUGCCUGCGACAAUGGACAUCUGCAAGUUGCCCAAUUUCUCCUUGACCGAGGGGCUGAUAUUGCAUCACAAGAUGACGAAAAGUGGAGGCCGCUGCACUAUGCAUGCCGAAAUGGUGAUUUUGACUUGGUCACCAUGCUUUUGGAACGAGGUGCAGAUAUAAAUGCCUAUGAUCAUGAAGGGUGGACAGCGCUGCAUCUGGCUUCCAAGCAUGGUAAUUUGCGUAUUGCCAGGCUUCUUGUCGAUCGUGGGGCAGACAUAAACGAACAAACAGAAGAUGAUUGGACGCCAUUACUUUUGACUUGCGCCCAUGACAAUGUGGAGUUUGUAGAGUGCUUGCUAGACCGAGGUGCCGAUAUGGAUAUGGAAACGAGCCUUGACUCCAAGCCACUCCACAUCGCCUGUCGCAACGGGCAAGUCAAGGUUGCCCAACUACUACUGCAGCGAGGCGCAGAUUGCAAGGCCCAUGAUGAAAAUUUACGGACACCACUACACGUGGCUUGCAACAGAUCGCAUCUCGAUGUUGCCAGAUUGCUACUUGACGAAGGUGCAGAUAUCGAAGCGAAAGAUGACAAGAAUUUGACUCCAUUGCAUUGUACAUGCACGGUGGAUCAUUCGAAACUUGUGCAAUUACUACUGGAUCGCGGUACUUCCACAACUGAUCAUUUGCAGAUUGUACGACUACUAUUGGACCGCGGUGCUGAUAUUGAAGCCACCGACGUUGAUCAGUGGACAACACUUCAUUUCGCGGCUUCUCAUGACCAUCUAGAAGUCGCAAGACUGCUGCUAGAUCGUGGUGCAAAUCUAGAAGCUAAAGAUGACGAUGAAUGGACUCCAUUGCAUCUUGCUUGUGACAAGGGGAAUAUGGAUGUCGCCCGAAUACUACUGGAUAGGGGCUCCGAUAUAGCAGCAGAGGAAGAAGACAAGUGGACCGCUUUGUACUGUGCCUGCAACGCAGGUCAAACGAAUGUUGCUGCAAUGCUCUUGGAUCGCGGUGCAACCAUCAAUGCAAAGACAGAUAUUCAACGCACACCUCUGCAUGUUGCGUGUAUUCUGGGGUAUCUGGAGACGGCUGAUCUUCUUUUGUCUCGAGGUGGUGAUACCGAAGCACAAGACGAAGAUGGAUGGACACCAUUGUAUUUCGCUUGCCAGAAUGGUCAUGUCAAGGUCGCAAAAAUGCUUUUGGAUCGAGGUACUUGUGUGAAAGGUACAAAGCUUGAAGUCACGCUUUUGCAUGUUGCGUGUACAGAGGGGCAUCUGGAGACGUCCGAGCUCCUCGUGUCUCGAGGUGCUGAUGCCGAAGCGCGAGACGAAGAUGGAUGGACACCGCUGCACCUCGCAUGCCGAGCAUCUAAUUUAGAAAUUGUGCGGCUUUUGAUUGAUCGUGGUGCUGAUAUUGAAGCUAAAGGCGACGAAGACUUCAAGCCAUUGCACUGCGCGUGUGAAAAUCAAUAUUUAGAACUUGUUCAACUAUUGCUCGAUCGAGGUGCUGAUGUGGAGGCAACGACAUGCAAUCAGUUCUCACCAUUGUAUUUCGCUUGCAAGAAUGGAGAUGUCAAGGUCGCAAAAAUGCUUCUAGAUCGGGGUGCCGACGUGGAAGGUACGAGACGGCUCUGUGCUUGCCAAUGCCCCCCACUGCGUUUAGCGUGUCAGAAUGAGCAUACCGAGGUGGUCCGACUCUUAAUCGAGCGAGGUGCUGAUGUGAACGUCCACGAUGAUGGCAAUACUACGCCUCUGCACCUUGCUUGCAAAAGUGGAAGCAUGGAGAUUGCGCGCUUGCUAUUGAAUGGAGGAGCUGAUGUAAACGCGAUACAAGCAGAUGAGAUGAGACCGUUGCAUUUUGCUUGCCAAAGAGGAGUUGAGCUAUCUCGGCUGUUGAUGGAUCAAGGUGCCGACAUUGGGGUAACGGAUGAAGACGGCUGGCACCCCAUUCACUUCGCGUGCAAUCAAGCAGAUCUUUCUACUGUGGAGCUGUUAUUGGAACGGGGUGCGGAUCCUGAUGCACGACGAAAAUAUCAAUGGACGCCGUUGCACAUGGCAAGCAGAAUCAAUGUUGCACUCACAAAAGUGCUAUUGGACAGAGGUGCCAACAUUAACGCAGUAGAUGACGAAGGAAGCUCACCGCUGCACCACGCAUGCGACACAGGGCGAUUGGAGGUUACGCGACUGCUUCUUGAUCGAGGAGCUGACAUCCAGGCAACUAAUCGGGACGAAGCGACUGCUCUACAUAUUGCGUGUAAGGAAAACCAUCUUCCAAUAGUUGAACUGUUGUUGGGCAAAGGUGCGGAUACAGAAGCAGUUGAUAAAGGUCACCAAACCCCAUUGCAUGUCGCGUGCUACGAUGGGAGAUUAAAUUUUGUUCGUAUCUUACUUGACCGAGGUUCCAAGUCGGAAGCUGAGGACAAUGGCAAAUGGACGCCGUUGCAUUGCGCUUGUGCCCGUGGUCACUCUAAAGUUGCUGAGUUGUUACUGGACCGAGGUGCCGAUCUAGAGGCGAAGAACGAGGAUGGGUGUACCGCACUACAUCUUGUUUGUCAAAACGAGGACCAUGCUGAAACUGCUUUUGUACUUUUGGAACGAGGUCCGAAUAUAGAGGCAAAGACAACCAAGUACGAAUGGACUCCAUUGCAUUUUGCUUGUUGCAAUGGUGUGUCUGUAAUAGCGUUGUUUGUGAUAGAAUGUGGUGCCGAUAUAGAGGCGAGAGACAAUCUCGAAAGGACACCAUUGCACCUGGCUUGCAAAUCCGGGCAAUUAGAUAUUGCCGAACGUCUUCUUGAUCGCGGUGCUGACAUCGAAGCGAGUGAUGUAAAUGAAAUCACAGCAAUGCAUCUUGCCUGUGAGAGCAAUUGCGUGGAGCUCGUUUGGAUGCUGGUGAAUCGUUAUCCAUUCUUGUUUGUAGCGCGAUAA